AAAAGGUUCAGCCCCUCUCCUGGUGAAAUUGACUAACGACACUCAGUAGGAAGUUCGGGGCAUCGGGGAAAAGUCCAAACUAUUCCGUGUUGCUGCAGAUCGAGACAGGUAUUUGGAUUCCGGAAGAACUCGAAAUUCAGGUUCAAGAAAAGGAGAGAAUCUGAAGUUACCACCACAAGAUGUUUGAAAGAAGAAAUAUCUUCGUGCUGCUGGAUGUGCUGUGUGUGGUUGUGGCAUCAUUACCAUUUGUCAUAUUGACUCUGCAAGCUAAGCCAAAGAUACGAGGGUUCUACUGCAAUGAUGACAGUAUCAAGUAUCCAUACAAAAGGGACACCAUUUCACACUGGACAAUGGCAGCAGUUAUUAUUCCAGCCUGCAUCAUCAUUAUUACCGUUGGCGAGGCAAUUAUGGUUCGCUUAAAACACCUGUAUUCACGGUCAGAGUUCAACAACUAUGUUGCUGCCUUGUACAAGGUGGUGGGAACCUUCAUGUUUGGUGCUGCAGUGAGCCAAUCAUUGACUGACAUUGCGAAGUACACUGUUGGGCGUCUCCGGCCAAGUUUUUUGGCAUUGUGCAAGCCCAAUAUGUCACUGGUGGACUGUUCACAGUAUGUCCAGUUAGACGUUUGCACAGGGUCAAGUGUCAACAUCACCGAAGCAAGGUUAUCAUUUUAUUCUGGCCACUCGUCAUUUGGAAUGUACUGCAUGGUUUUCCUCUCACUGUAUCUGCAGGUCCGUUUGAGGGGAAAAUGGGCCAGGCUUCUGCGGCCAACCAUUCAGUUCUUCCUGCUGGCCUUUGCGGUAUACGUGGGCUACACGCGGGUCUCUGAUUACAGGCAUCACUGGAGUGAUGUCCUAGCGGGAUUUCUCCAAGGAGCCAUUGUGGCAAUCUUAAUUGCCCGCUAUGUUUCAGAUUUCUACAAACACAGGCCCCAGUUUCCAGAGGAUUCCGAAGCUUCUGAGCCGGAAAGAAAACCGAACAUUCCCUUAACCGAAACGGAGCCAAUAAAUCACUACGGCACCCAGCGUGUUCCCUGAUUCACUGCUGGCCACCCCUCUGCCGACAACUCUGUGCCUUUCCAUCAAGCAUCAAAGGAAAGAGAUGCUUUCCCUUGUUUAUGUCAUUCAAACUUUGUUUUGUUUUCUGUGCAUCAAUGUUCAGCCUCCUGUGUGAAAGGACCUCUGGCUUGCUUUUGCAUGCUUGAGUUAUUGUGGUUAGAUACCAAUAGGCUUGCAUUUUGCAGGUGAGGCACAUAGCUGAAUUUUUCACACCUUGCACCAAUAAAAGUGUAUAUUCUUGCCACAUCCCCUGUCAUUAUCCCCACCCAAAACAAGUCUUAGCUCUAUGUUAAUAUUAAAAGUGUUUUGUACAAUUUAUGUAGAUCCUAUUUUUCAACAAGUAGCAUUCCAUCCAUUUCCUUGACGUCCCACGUCUUGAACAGAAACAACUGCUCCAGGCCUUUGACAUUAUUCUUCUACAAGUAUCUGCAAAGUGAUCCAGGACUUCCUUAUUUGCUUUCCAUGGUCCCUCUGCUCCAAACUAACACAUUACAGAAUUGGGCUCAUUAACACUCCCAAUAACAAGAAAGCUUAGCAUGGGAGAGUAGGAAAAGCCAACUUGAUUCCAGCCAACCCGAUACUAUCCCAAGGUGAAGCAAGCUGUUCCCACCUUGAAUGAAGUUACAGAAGGGUUGGUGGACAGCAUGACUUAUGCCAGCCAGAAAGAAAUUGUUAUAAAGUCCAUAAAUAAAAUAGUAGUUUUAAACUGGUCAGGCAACUGACAGUGAAAUGGUAUUAUUUCUUUUCCUGUGUAAAUUUCUCAGUCUUGAGAAACUUGCUUUUAAAAAGCAUUUUGAUCAUCUAUACGGUAUAUAACUUUAUAUAUUUUAAACAUUCAAUUGACAGAUUUGGGAAAUGGGAGUUUGUUGCAAUAUUUUUAUUAAAUUCAAAAUUUAUACGCCAAGAUUUAAACUUCCAGACCUUUUUAAACAAAAAUGGUUGCAAUUCUGAAUGUUUUAAGUGAAAAUGCCGGUGAACAAGCCCACUGGCAAAGUACUUUAAUCAUAACAUUUUCGGAUAUAUUGUAUGGUUCAUGGAUGUGGGACCAUUCACAGUACACAACAGCAUUCUCUUUGCUUAGAAAAUUGAUAUCGGCAUAAUGUCAGUUUUCCUUUCACAUAUCUCCUAUGAGUAAUAAAAUUAAGAGGCUUUUACACUGGUUACAGCCACUCAGUGUGUAAUGAUGGAAGAACUUUAACAACUCCCCCCACCACCUCCCAUUGAAUAUCUGCUGCCUCCUUUAACAUGUAGUUACAGACCUUGGAAUAUGCCAUGCAGCAACAGUGAGUGUUAGCCAGUUGUCUGCAGUGGUAGAUGAGCAAGUUUCAGGCUCACUAUACUGCACCUUUCACCACGAUCACAAUCUUUCAGCAGCAGUUGAUAUUCCUAUCCCUGGGGACGGCCCAUGGAGCACAGAGUCACGUGUUGGACAGCUCUGUGAAAUGAGACUCAUCAAAGACCAUUUCGUCCCUUUCCUGACCUUCUUGGCAAACACCCAUUCCAAAAGGAGAUAGAUGAUGGUCACAUCCUCAAAGCUGCUGCCUUGAGGGCGGUGUCUGGUGCUGCUGAGAUUCUGGCAGUGCCUGGAGGAUCUGAUGGAGUGAGUCCUCCUUACCAUGGUGCUUAAUUGAAAGGUCUGGUGACAAGGGAUUCUACCAAAUUACUUUUACAAUCUGCUCAUGAAACUCUGAUAGGAUCCACCAGCUCCCUUUUCCACAAGGUCUAGGAAUUUCUCUACAGGUUGUUCUUAAUGUCUGCACAAAUCAUUGAACAAAACCUAGAUGAUCCAAAUUAAUGGAGCUGGCAACAUGGCUAGAUUCAGCCUGUAUUUGACUGGAACCUCAGCACCUGGUAAGAUUUGGUGUUUGCACACCCAAGGUCGACAUGCAUCUUGAUGUAGCAUUACACAAGGGUAGCCUUUAGCUAAGUUCAAGUGUGCUGCUUGUUGUUGAGAACCAAUCUCUUGAGUACUGCAUGAGAGUUGUGAGUAACACUGCUGUUAUUUAAUUAUGGCCUCCUGAUUGCAGAUAGUCACCUGCAGAGGGAUGUGAAACCCUGAUAUACAUCAGGAAUUUAAAUCAGAUUGCAUAGGUUAGAGAACCUUGCUUAAUUUUCCAAUGUACAUGUAGGAAUGGUUAUGAUAAAAAAUCAAGAGUUUCAGAGUAGGAGAGAGUUGGAGGGGACUGUUCCAGAAAUGCAAGGAGAAUCUACUGGUAGAUUCGAUGGGGGUUGAUAUCUGGGAGGAGCUAGCAAACCUCUGUCUUUGCCUCAGAGUCGACUCAGAUCUUUCAGUCCAAAGUCCACUGAGUGAAGCAGAAAAGACAUAGAGCACUGCAGCACAGAAGUAGGCCCUUCAGCCCAUCUAGUUAAUGCCACACUGUUUCACUGCCUAGUCCCAUAGUACUCCACAUCUGACUUAUCCAUGUGCAUAUUCACACUACUUAAAUGGUGUAAUUGAACUGCUAUCAAUCACCUCCACUGGCAGUUCAUUCCACACCUUCACCACCUUCUGUGUGAAGGAACUAUCCCUUAAGUUCCUGUUAAAUACUUCACCUUCCACCCAGAACCCAGAACCUCUAGUUCUAGUCUCCUCCAACCUCAGGAAAGAGCCUCCAUGUAUUUAUCUACAUUCCUCGUAACUUUGUAUACUUUUAUCAAAUCUCCCUUCUUUCUCCUGUGGCCCAGGGAAUAAUGUCCUAACCCAUUCAACAUUUCGCUAAACCUCAAAUCCUUGUAAAUUAUCUCUGCACUCUUUCAAUUUUGUUGAUGACUUUUCUGUGGAUAAGUCACUAGAACUGUGCACAGUACUCCAAAUUUGGCCUCGCCAAUGUCUAGUACAAUUUAAACAUAACAUCCCAACUCUUACGCUCAAUACUCUUGAUAAGCAGCCAAUAUGCUGAAAGCUCUCUUAAUGAUCUACAUGUGAUGCCACUUCCAAGAAAUUAUGGAACUGUACCUCCAGAUCCCUCCAUUCUACUGCACUCCUCAGUGAGGUGAACUUGUAUUUAUUCCAAAGGAGUGACUUCAGAUUUUUGUAAUAAGCCUGAUGUAUUAAGGAUCUGGAAAUCCUUCUUUGCUACACUUCACAGUGGUGCUAGAAAGUUUGUGAAGCCUGUAGAAUGUUAUCGAUUUCUGCAUAAAUAUGACCUACAAUGUGAUCAGGUCUUCACGCGUCCCAAAGCUAGAUAAAGAUAAAACAAUUAAAUAAGCACAAAAAGAAUUAUACAUGUUCAUUUCUUUAUUGAGAAAAAUUAUUAAUAUUACGCACAUUUGUUGGAAAAAGUAUGUGAACCUUUGCUUUUCGUUACUGGUGUGACGCCCUUGUACAGCAAUAACUUCAACCAAACGUUUGCACUAACAGUUGAUCAAUCCUGCAUAUUGGCUUGGAGGAAUUUUAGGCUAUUCCUCCUUACAAAACUACUUCAAAUCUGUUGGUGGACUUCCUUGCAUGAACUGCUUGUUUCAGGUUCUUCAACAAUGUUUCUCUAGGAUGAAGGUCAGGACUUUGACCCGGCCAUUACAAAGCAUGAAUUUUCUUCUUUUUGAACCAUUCUAUCGUUAAUUUACUCUUGUCUUUCGGAUCAUUGUCUUGUUGCAUUAUCCAACUUCAAUUAAGCUUCAGGUGACAGACCCCGACGUUCUCCUGUAAAAUGUUUUGAUACAACUUUGAAUCCAUUAUUCCCUCAAUGAUUGCAAGUCAUCCUGGCCCGGAGGCAGCAAAUCAGCACCUCAAACCAUGAUGCUCCUUCCACCAUGCUUCACAGUUGGGAUAAGUUUUAGUGUUAGUGUGCACUGCCUUUUUUUCCUCCAAACGUAGCAAUAUGCAUUUCUGACAAAAAGGUCAACUUUUUUCUCAUCUGUCCACAGAACAUUGUCCCAGAUGCAUUGUAGAACAUCCAGGUGGUUUUUGGAAACUUGAGUGUUUUUUUUGGACAGCAGUGGUUUUCCCAGUGGUGUCCUUCCAUGAACACCAUUCUUGUUCAGUAUUUAAUUAGAGUGGACUUUAGCAAGUUUUACAGAUCUUUCUGCAGGUCUUUUGCUGUUACCCUUGGGCUCUUUUUCACCUCAGUCAGCAUUGCACGUUGUGCUCUUGAUAUGAUCUGUGUAGGAUGCCCACUCCAAGGGAGAGUGGUAAUAGUACUGAGUUUCCUCUAUUUAUAGACAAUUUCUGUUGACUGAUGAGCACUCAGGUCUUUAGAAAUGCUUUUGUAGCCUUUUCCAGCUUGAUGUAUCUCUACAAUUCUUCUAAGGUUCUCUGAAAGUUGUUUUGAUUGAGGCUUGGUGCACAUAAACAGAUCAUUCUUGAGAAGAGCAGGCUCUGUCAGUAACCUGACUUUGUGUGUCUUUUUCAUAGGGCAGGGUACCUCUACAACCCACACCUCCAAUCUCAUCUCAUUGAUUGGAACACCUUACUCCAAAUAGCUUUUAUAGAAGGCAUUAUCCCAGAGGUUCACAUACUUUCUCGAACAAAUAUACAUAAUAUUGGAUCAUUUUUCUCAAUAAAUAAAUGAACAAGCGUACUGUUUUGGGGUUAUUAAUUUAUUUGGGUUCUCUUUAUCUAGUUUUAGGACUUGUGUGAAGACCUGGUCAUAUUUUAGGUUACAUCUAUGCAGAAAUAGAGAAAAUUCUACAGAGUUCACAGACUUCCUAGCCCCAUUGUAUGAUUUUAAAGGCCACUGACUGCACAGUCCCCCAGCUUUUCUUGUCCCCUAUUUUUGAGUAUGUAGGUGACAGUAAGUGGGAGAGUCUGGACCACCAAACUGAUCCAUCCUUCAAGACCAAAUCAAUAGGUAGCUGACUGAGGUAUCCUUGGCUCUCUGGGAAUAUGUUAGCCCAGAUCUGCAGUUCUAUCUGGCAGCAUGUCAGAUUUAUUGAGGCAGGACAUCUUCACCAUUAUUUACAGGGAGAAGAGCAGAGUAGGGACAGAACUGAAACAGCAACGCAUCUUGCUGCUUAACGUAGAAGAUAAGAUGGUGGCAAGCAAAGCCUUUAAAAGAUAUAUUAAUACAAUUUAAAUUGUUAUAUUGCUGUUCUUUAAAGAUCACUGAUUUAAUUGUAAAAUUGCUUCAGAUUUGUGCUGAAAUUUAUAAUUUUUUUCCUGUUAUAGAGGCAAUGUAAACUUAAGGUAUUUUAUUAAGUGAUGUAAUAAAGUAAUUUUU